AUGACGAUCAGCUAUUCGGACACAUUCGUAAGACUGUUGUUUCGGUGGAAAGGUUCACUAUGGAAAGCGAUAUGGCGACAUUUACUCGUAUUUCUAUUUCUUUACUACGCCCAUCAAUGGGAGUUUAUAAUGACACAAAAGCAGCAAGAGAUGUUCGUUAAAUACGUAAUAUUGUUUGACAGUUGGACGAAAGAGAUCCCGUUAACGUUUCUUCUAGGUUUCUAUGUGGCUAUGAUUAUUCGAAGGUGGUGGGAUUGCUGCCAGUUGAUUAGCUGGCCUGAUCAUCUCCUCUACAACGUCUCAGCAUUGAUACGAGGAAAUGAUGUGACAGAAACGCGUCCAGUCAUUCGAGGGACGAUAGCCGCUGAUACGCCAUAUUGUCAUCCGUUACUGGCAUGGGGGCGAAGCCAUAUCGUGCGGGUUCUUGCGAGGUAUCCAACAGAUGAACAUCUCCUUGACUCGGGUUUGAUAAAUAAAGAAGAGUUGGCGUUGUUCAAGACUAUUCACGUGCGUGUCGAUCCCCAUCAGAAAUGGUUUGUGCCGAUCAAUUGGAUUCAAACGAUGAUGGUCCGCUGCUUUGAGAAAGGAACUUUGGGUCAUACAAACGAACUACGUGUGCUACUGGAUGCUCUUGAAAAGUAUCGAAAUGGUUUCUUCCAGUUGUUCAUUUAUGAUUGGAUCGCCAUUCCACUGGUUUACACCCAGGUUUGUGGCACUCUAUUUGACCCACUAUUAAUGCUAUACAUAUUUCAUGUCGUCGCUGCAAAUACUGCUCACCCAGUUAGAUACUUUCCGGCGUCGUUUCGCGCGACUUUUUCUGUACGAUUGGCAUCGUUGCAUUCCACUCGUAAGCCACACACCCAGGUGCGUGGCGUACUUCCCUCCUGUCUGCACCCACGCACGUAUUACCUUUGUCCUUUUGUUCGUUAG